AUGUACCUUCCUCUCUACUACAUGUUCGAGGACACCGCUUUGGGAAUCGGCAACCCAGCCAGUGGAUUGAGAAGGUGGCGUGCAGAGCUGUCAGACACCAUGAUGGCCUACUGCAAAAUCUUCCCACUGUUCCACCUUUUCAACUUCACGGUUACCCCGCCGGAGCUUCGCAUUGGCCUGAUUGCCUGUGUCUCCUUUGUCUGGCUG